AUGCGAUUGACCGUUGAGCUUAUUCAAAAUUCCCUAUCAUACAUCAAUCCACUCACAGAUCGCGAGUUGGAUCUCCGAGGUCACAAGAUCCCCACAAUUGAGAACUUGGGUAUUGCCAAAGAUCAAGAUGCGAUUGAUUUCACUGAUAAUGACAUCUCCUCUUUGGGAAACUUCCCCUACUUUCCUCGCCUCCGUACCCUCCUCCUCGCUCGCAACCGUAUCAAUCACAUCCAACCGGCGCUCGCAACCUCAGUGCCUAACCUGACGACUCUUGUCCUGACUGCGAACAAUGUGUCUGAACUUGCGGAUCUAGAUCCGCUACGGAACUUGCGACGGCUCAGACACUUGACCCUCCUACAGAACCCAGUGGCUCGCAAAGAGAACUACCGCUACUGGGCUAUCUGGCGCAUUCCCUCCCUCCGUUUCCUUGACUUCCAAAAAGUAACCGACGCUGAGCGCGCCACGGCUAAAGAGCUCUUCGGUACCUAUGAUGAACCAUCAUCCCUCGCUUCGAAGAUUAUGGGUAUCAAGUCCCACACCUUCGAUGUCUCCACUCCGAAGGAACGCACCCCCGCCGAAAAGGGCGUGCGAGUACAACUCACCGACAAGGAACGCAACCGUGUUGAGAGACUGAUUCGUGAGGCGAAGAGUCUCCAGGAGAUUACCAAGUUGGAGAAGGAACUUAACGAGGGACGGAUACCCGGUGGAGCGGAUGCCGAGGGUGAUGAGCCCAUGCAGAUGUGA